AUGCUCAUAACGGCCGAGGCCGCCCUGGCCCCCAAGAUCCACCGCGAGCGCUGCUGCCAGCUGGCAUUUGAAGAGUUUGGUGUGGCUGGCUACUAUGUGGGCACCAGCGCGGUGCUGAGCCUCUACGCAGCUGGCCGCACCACUGGCAUCGUUGUGGACUGCGGCCACCACUCCACCACCCUGGCACCCAUUUAUGAAGGCUACGCGUUGUCUCACGCGAUCAAAAAGCUGCCCUACGGUGGGAUUGACACCACCAAGAAGUUCAUUGACCUCCUCAAUGACUCUCCCUUCCGAACGUGGCGUCGCUUGUCCAAGACGGCGGGGGCGGACCUACGUGAGGUGGGCAAGCUGAAGGAGCGUGUGUGUCGGGUGGCGCUCGACGUGGCCACUGAACGCGACGCCGCACACCAGCUGCACGCACGGUGGGACGCCCUGCACGCGGCUACGGCCAAUGAGGCACUCUACCUGAGCAGGCUUCCCAAGGAGCUCUCGCAGAUCGUGCUAACCAACGUACUCGACGGCGAGCCGGUCGGAAUCACUCGCUACGCCCUUCCAGACGGCACAGUACUACGCGUUGGCGAAGAAGUGUUUGGCUGCGUGGAGACCUACUUUGAUCCCACCUACUGCCACACCACAAGCUCUGCGCGGAGCUCAGCCACAGAGGAGGGUCCACCCAUGGGCUUGGCUGCCUUUGUCAGUGAUGCCAUACAGCUCAUUGACGAUGAUCUGCGCAAGGACCUGACAAGCGAACUCUCCCAUAUGUUCCUCGCAUCAACCCUGUUCAACCAGAUCCACUCAUUGGCAGCUGGAUUGCCUGCAGCCAUGCGGAUGCCGGAGAUGAGGUGGUGGGCAAGGCCGCCUCCACACCGGGACUGA